CGUUAUAAAAGUUGAGUGGAAGCAGUGUAGUGUGAUAUUGUAUUUAUGCGAUAAAAUAAUAAUAUACAUUCGGACGGUAUAAAAAAUUGAACGUUUAGUGUUUGUCGUCAAUGGUUGGUAAUAUUGUUUGUUUACACGAUGGCGUCCGGUGGUGAAAAUACAAAUGAAGAAAGAACUGAAGCGUCUACGCCAGCUCAACCCAUCUCCAAUGUCGUGUCGGAAGCAGCGCACAAAGUGAUAGCGAUGGACAAAGAUCCUGACCUGUCAAGCGUACCUCCAAAGAAAACUCGUGUUGAGGUGCAAUCGCUACCAACUAGACAGUAUCUGGAUCAAACUGUGGUUCCAAUUUUGCUGCAGGCUCUAUCUACAUUAGCCAAAGAAAGACCUCCUGACCCUAUUAGCUUUUUAGCAGGUUAUUUAUUAAAGCACAAAAGCCAAUACGAUAACGGUGGAUCACCACCAACUAGUCAGUAAUUUAAUUUUAUAUUUAACACGGUGACUUUGGAAACAAUUUAUUUGUGACAGAAAAUUUUUCAACGAUU